UUCCCCCCCUUAAUCUAAUAUAUAAUCAACCAGGCAUUAACGCAAAAGACCCAGAGACCCCAAAUCCUAUUCCUCAAAACAAACGCCAUGAAAUUCCAUUAUGUUCUUCUUUUUCUUCUUCACCAUCAUCAUCGUCAGCAGUUUUUUCUUUUCGUUUCCCUUGUUUUUUCCCCUUUGGUUCGUUGCGGUCACCAUGAUUACUCCGACGCAUUGUCGAAAUCGAUUCUGUUUUUCGAGGGGCAGCGUUCUGGUGUUCUGCCCCGAGACCAACGUAUGAAAUGGAGGGAGGAUUCGGGAUUGAGCGAUGGCCGUUCCAUGUACAACAUGGACUUAACUGGCGGUUAUUAUGACGCCGGCGACAAUGUUAAGUUCGGCUUCCCGAUGGCUUUCACGACGACGAUGUUGGCUUGGAGCGUGAUUGAGUUUGGAGAAUUAAUGCCGCCAAGUGAACUUAGAAAUGCCCUUGUGGCCAUCCGUUGGGGUACUGAUUAUUUGCUUAAAACUGUCUCUCAGCCUAACCGGAUUUUCGUUCAGGUUGGAGAUCCAUAUAAGGACCAUAACUGUUGGGAAAGACCCGAAGAUAUGGAUACUGCGAGGACGGUUUAUGCAGUGGAUGCACCGAACCCGGCUUCCGAAGUAGCGGCUGAGACGGCGGCCGCUCUUGCGGCUUCAUCCAUGGCAUUCAGAUCAGUGGACCCAGGGUAUGCCAAGACAUUGUUACGGAAUUCUGUUCGGGUUUUUCAAUAUGCUGACAACUUUAGAGGUGCUUAUAGUGACAAUUCUAAUGUCCGAGACGGUGCCUGCCCAUUUUACUGCGAUUUUAGCGGCUAUCAAGAUGAAUUGCUAUGGGGAGCUGCAUGGUUAAGGAGGGCCUCGCAAGACAACUCUUACCUUAAUUACAUCGAAAUCAAUGGCAAAACCCUUGGUGCCGAUGACAACAUCAAUGAAUUUGGAUGGGACAAUAAGCAUGCUGGUCUAAACGUUCUUGUCUCCAAGGAAGCUUUAGAAGGAAACAUAUACUCCCUGCAAUCAUACAAGGUGUCAGCAGAUAGCUUUAUGUGCACACUAAUCCCCGAUUCAUCGUCGUCCCACAUCGAAUACACUCCCGGCGGCCUCAUCUACAAGCCCGGAGGCAGCAACUUGCAGCAUGCGACCACGAUUUCGUUUCUUCUCCUCGUUUACGCUAAUUACCUCGAUCGUACUUCACAAACAGUCAACUGCGGUAACUUAAUUGCCUCCCCGUUAUCUCUUCGAACCAUAGCAAAGAACCAAGCCGAUUACAUUUUAGGUGAUAACCCAAUGGGGUUAUCGUACAUGGUUGGGUACGGCAACCGUUUCCCGCAACGGAUUCAUCACCGAGGGUCGUCUUUACCGUCAGUGAAAGAUCAUCCUGAGUUUAUAGCUUGCAAGGAAGGUUCCAUUUAUUUUAAUUCAACUAAUCCUAAUCCAAAUGUUUUGGUUGGUGCCAUUGUUGGAGGGCCUGGAGAAGAUGAUGUUUAUGAUGAUGAUAGAGCUGAUUUUAGGAAAUCAGAGCCUACUACUUACAUUAAUGCACCCUUUGUGGGUGUAUUAGCCUAUUUUGCAGCUAAUCCCAGCUAGCUUAAACCCAAACUUAAAAGAAAAUUUGUACAUAAUCAAUGGUUUUCCCUUUUUAUUAAAAUCCCUUUGCUUUUGGGGGCUUUUGAUAGUGAGAAAAGAAGGUUUUUCUCACCUGGAGUGUGAGCAAAGGAGGGAAGAGAGCAGUAGUUGUUGAUUUUUUUAGGGAUAAAUUUGAAAAUUAAACAUUGAUUUUGAUUUAAUGUGUAAUUGUAUAUAUGAAUUUUAAUUUGGUGUAAUUAUAUAAAUAAAACUCUAAUUGUGGUUCAAA